GCCUUCCCGGAUCGCCUUGGCUGCGGACCCGGCUCUGCCGGCCUCCAUCGCUAUCUCAAAGAAGAUGACUGCGAUGGACGAGGCGGUGAAGGCCGCUGCCAAGCCGGAAGAAGAGCUGUACUGGAGGGUGUUGGCCUAUUGCACAGCUUGUCGAACGCCCUGGUGCAAGUUACCAUGGCGCAAGCACACCUGCCUGAAAGGAGAUUCCAAGGCAGAAGGCGCGAAGGGAAUGGACUGCGACAUGUCUUGGGAGGCCUACACAGACUUGCUCACGAAGUCCGUGCCGCUGAUCACGAGGAAGCAGGCCGAGAACACUUGA